GCUCAGCAGCACAGGAAACCCCGGGAAGCAGCGGCAGGGAGGGAUGGGAGCGUCAGAAAAGAGGGAAUGUGCCGAGGCCAGCGCUGGAGCUGCAUCCACGAGGUUCUGGAUGCGCAGAGAGGCCUGCCCGGAGUCUCCCCUUCCUACCGAGGGAAAUCCCGCUCGGAAUUCCCAAACCGGCUCUCCACGGCCGAGCCUCCGGUCUGGAGAAGACUCGAGUGGGUGUAAAAAGUGACUUCAGCCCCCACCGCAUCCCUCAGCUGGAAAACGCCCGGCCAGGCCUAACCCGGGAUGUUUUCCGCCGGGCCGGUUCUGUUCCAACUCAUUUCAAGCUGCGGGAGCUCGAACCCGCCCGAAGGCCCUUAAACCGGGUAAUUAACACCUCUAAUCGCCUGCUCCGGGCCAAUUUCCCGCUGCAUGCGGCGGCCCUGCCCGCGGGGCUCCGCCAGCCCGGAUUAGAUCGUUUCAGAUCGUUCCGGCCGAGCAAUUAGGCCGCGCUCAGCCCAGCAGAGCGCGGCAGCAAUUAAGCCCGUCCUAUUAACACUGACGAGCCUGGCGCUAUUUUUAGAAACACGGGAAAGCGCCCGGCGGGGGUUUUGUCCCCUCCUUGCCCUUCCUUAAAUGAUUUUUGCCCCAGGUCUCCGUGGUCCCUCGGGCUGAUUUCAGGCACUCCGGAGGGGGCCCUGUGACGCUGUAAUUUCCUCUGAAAAUGAAUCCUGGAGCCGCGUCCGGGGGCUGCGGGGGCUCUGCCAGCGGGAAAAUCCCGCUCUGUCUUCACCCCCAAAUCCGCUUCCCAUCCCGGCCGUGAAUCCCUCAGGAGGUGCGGAGGGUGCAGUGGGAGAGGUUAUCCCGAGGGGAUCCAGGUUAUCCCGAGGGGAUCCACCCCGCCCGGAGCCCUGGGGCUCGUCCCGUGCGUGGCAUCCUCAGCCUCCGUAACCCCAAAGGGAGGGGCGGGGGCUGCGCGGAGCCCCCCGGGGUGGCGGAGGGGCUCAGGGGACGGACGGACGGACGGAUGGGUGGAUGGAGGGAUGGAUGGAUGGAUCAUGGAUGGAGGAAUGGAUGAAGGGAGGGAUGGAUGGAGGGAUAGAUGCAUGGAUGCAUGGAUGGAGGGAUGGAUGGAUGGAUAGACAGACGGACAGGGUGCAGGUGCGGCUGUCCCGGUCCCGGCGCGGAUCCUCUGGGAUGGCUUUGAGCUUCCAGGCAUGGAUGGGGAAGGCAUCCGGGCAAGAGGCAGCGGCAGCAGGUGCGGCACAGCGGGGUCCCGGUGCCGGUUCCGGUGCCGGCCGGGCGGGGUUCCGCUGCCCAGGACGCCGGUGCGGGUCGGGCGUGGAUGGGAUGCCCCAUCCCGGUACGGAUCCACUGCCCGGGAUGCGGUCCCGGUCGGGGAGUCCCGGUGAGGGCGGGAUGCCGGUCCGCUGGUGCGGGCAGGGGUGGGUGCGGCUCCCGCGUCCCGGUGUGCGUGGGGUCCGGGUCCCGCCCUGCCAGCGAUGCAGGUCCCGUUGGGAUGAGGAUCCUCUGACCCCGUUGCCGGUCCCGGUGAGAUGCUGGUCCCGGGUCUGCGGUGCCGGUCCCGGUAGGAUGCGGAUCCCUUCCCCCGGUGCCGGUCCCGGUAGGAUGCGGAUCCCUUCCCCCGGUGCCGGUCCCGGUAGGACGCGGGUCUCUUCCCCCGGUGCCGGUCCCGGUAGGAUGCGGAUCCCCUGGCCCCGGUGCCGGUCCCGGUAGGACGCGGGUCUCUUCCCCCGGUGCCGGUCCCGGUGGGAUGGCGGAUCCCUUCCCCCGGUGCCGGUCCCGGUAGGAUGCGGAUCCCUUCCCCCGGUGCCGGUCCCGGUAGGAUGCGGAUCCCUUCCCCCGGUGCCGGUCCCGGUAGGAUGCGGAUCUCUGCCCCCAGUGCCGGUCCCGGUAGGACGCGGCUCCCUGCCCGCGGUGCCGGUGCGGGCGCUGCCGCCGCUGCCGGGGAGGCGGGCGGGAGGCGGGCCGGUGACUCAUGGCUUCCCAGCGGCGGCGGCUCCUCCCCGCGGCCGCCGGCCCCGCGCAGCCCCCGGCACAUGGGCCGCGGCUCCGGCAGCGCGGAGCUGGCCAUGGCCGCACCGCCCGCCCGCUGCCCCGACUGCCCGGGGCCGGAGCGGGGGGGCGGCGGCGGGACCCCCGCCGUGCCGCACCUCGGCAUUGCGGUGGACGAGGGGGACGUGCUGCCCGGGGCGCUGCGGAUCGUGCGGCAGCUGAGACCCGCCUGGGAGCCGGCCACGGUGAAGACCAAGCUCUUCACUGAUGGCAUCACCAACAAGCUGGUGGCCUGCUACACGGACGAGGGGAUGGCGGACGCGCUGCUGGUCCGGGUCUACGGCAGGAGGACGGAGCUGCUGGUGGACAGGGAGACGGAGCUGAGGAACUUCCAGGUGCUGCGAGCCCACGGCUGCGCCCCCGACCUCUACUGCGCCUUCCAGAACGGGCUCUGCUACCAAUUCCUGCCGGGAAUGGCACUGGGGCCGCACCACGUGCGGGAUCCACACAUCUUCAGGCUGGUGGCCCGGGAGAUGGCCCGAGUCCACGCCAUCCACGCCAACGGGAGCCUGCCCAGGCCCAUCCUGUGGCAGAAGCUGCGCAAAUACCUCAGCCUGGUGAAGACAGAGCUCAGCCCAAAGGUAUCCAACCCCAGCCUCCCGCAGGACGUGCCGGGCCUGGAGGCGCUGGAGCGGGAGCUGGCGUGGAUGGAGGCGACGCUGCCGCCGCUGGGGUCGCCCGUGGUGCUGUGCCACAACGACCUCCUGUGCAAGAACAUCAUCUACGACGGGACACGAGAGCGCGUUCGCUUCAUCGACUACGAGUACACGGGGUACAACUACCAGGCCUUCGACAUCGGCAACCACUUCAACGAGUUCGCAGGUGUGAAGGAGGUGGAUUACAGCCUCUACCCCAGCAAGGAGACGCAGCUGCAGUGGCUGCACUCCUACCUGCAGGCCUACAAGGAGCUCACCCAGGGGUGCCCAGGUGACGUCCAGGUGUCCCAGGAGGAGCUGGAGACUCUCUACGUGCAAGUGAACAAAUUCUCCUUGGCAUCCCACUUCCUCUGGGCGUGCUGGGGCCUGAUCCAGGACAAAUACUCGACCAUAGACUUUAAUUUCUUAAGAUAUGCAAAGUUAAGGUUUAAGCAGUACUUCAAGAUGAAGCCGGUGGUCACAGCCCUGCAGGUCCCCAAAUAGGCGCCACCCCGAGUCCUGGCCGCGUCCUCGCACCCCCAACCCCUUGCCCAGCCCCGCCGGCAGCAAGGAGGGGACGAGAGGAGCUCUGCCACCGCUUCCAGGAGCACCUGGACACCCCAAACUGGACCACGAGAUGCUGGAGAGGACCACGGCCCCGGCGAGGCCCCAGGAAGCCUCACCACCGCCUUAAGGCCGAGCCCCGCUCGGCGCCCGUGCCCGGCAGGUCCGUGCCCUGCUGGUGCCACUGCCGGGGCUGGCACCGCCCCGCUGUCCCUGCGCUGUCCCCAGGGAGGGACACGCGGCCACCCCGUCCGCUCAGGAGCCCCCAGAGCUGCCCGGUCACUUUGCUGUGCCCUCUGUCCCCUCCUGCCCUGCUGGGUGCCACCAGGUGCCACCCCCAAACCAGCACUGGUCACUUUGCUGUGCCCUCUGUCCCCUCCUGCCCUGCUGGGUGCCACCCCAAACCAACACCGGUCACUUCGCUGUGCCCUCUGUCCCCUCCUGCCCUGCUGGGUGCCACCAGGGUGCCACCCCCGAAUUAACCCCGUCCCGGGUCCCUGCUGACCCCAGGCACGGGGCCCUUUUCCAGGAGGGUUUGGAGCUGCGGGGAAAGGGGCAGGGCCAGCCUUGAGCCACCAGGGUCUGGCACCAGUGCGGUGCUGCUGGUGGGCACUGGAUGCCCGCCCCCUGUGCUGUGCCCAGCCCGGGGCUGGCUCUACGUGUCCCCACAGUGUCCCCACUGUCCCCCUCAGCUUGGUGGCUUUCCCCGCACCCAGCAGCUUCCCAGCUCUGCCUUCGCCCUCUCCCCCAGGGUCAGGGAGGUCCGGGGGGUCGGUCCUGUCUGCCUGUCCCCAUCCCUGUCCUGCUCCCUUGGCCAUGUCCCCACCCCCGGCAGGAGGUGGCACAGAGCUGUCCCCUUCCAGGACCGGGCACAGCUUCACCCCCUGCCCCGCCCCGCUGAGCCCCGUCCAGCUCAUCGCGGUUGUGCAGCAGCUGUGGGGGCAGUCUGAGCCCUGUGUCCCUGUCCUGGCUGUGGGGACAAGGUGACCGUCCCCUCUCUGGGCACAGUGACCUCGCCCAGAGCCCUGUGUCCCUGUCCUGGCUGUGGGGACACGGUGACCGUCCCUCCUCUGGGCACAGUGACCUCCCCCAGAGCCCUGUGCCCUUGUCCUGGCUGUGGGGACAUGGUGACUGUCCCUCCUCUGGGCACAGUGACCUCCCCCAGAGCCCUGUGCCCCUGUCCUGGCUGUGGGGACACGGUGACCAUCCCUGGGCACAGCCAGGGCUGCUGGCACAUCCGUGUUUUGUUCUGGUGUGAAAUAAAAGCUGCUGGUAGCUGGAAUUCGGGGUUGGUGGGUCUGGGGGGGCUUGUGCUGGAGCAGGGGCAGCACCCCCGGGCUCUGGGGGUGCUCCUGUCCCCUCUGUACCCGGAGAUGUCCCCACUCACCCCUCACCCCCAAAUCUGGUGAAGCCCAGGCCCCGCUCUCUGCUCCAAAAAUUCGCUUUUAUUGUGCCAAGGGACUGGGGAGGAGGAACGAUUGUAAACAGGGAUGUGAAAUAUACAGGUUAAGUUACUCGUCUUAUUAACAAAAUAAAGCUCUAUCUAUAUUUACAAUCUUUAAAAACGAAACAAAACAACACCAACAACAAAAAUAAUAAAUGGAAGAGAGGCGGGAAGAGCCGCAGCUGUGGGGAGGG